AUGCAUACCAAAAUUUUAGCAGUACUGAAGCAUUCGAUCUCAUUUUUAAAUGAAAAGCCUAUCUUUAAUGAUGAGAAUACUGAAAAGGAUAUGCGCAUGGCAGCGAGCGCAGUCAGGCAAGCGGGCAAGGUAGUUGCGUUUCCGACCGAAACUGUUUAUGGUUUAGGUGGUUCUGCACUUAAUGAUCAAUCUGUCAAAGCAAUAUAUCAGGCCAAAAACAGGCCGGCAGACAAUCCUUUGAUUGUUCAUGUUUCAUCCAUCGAGCAGGUUCAAAGAGUCAUACUAACCGAGCUGCAUAAAAUCCCCCCUGUCUAUGAGAAGCUCUUGCAAAGGUUUUGGCCUGGACCUCUAACUAUUUUGGUGCCAAUUGAGAAGGACUGCCCAAUUUCUGAGUUGGUAACAACAGGUCAAAAGACAGUGGGUGUUCGAAUGCCAGAUCAUUCGAUUGCAAGGGCACUCAUCGCACUUAGUGAUACUCCUUUGGCUGCGCCCUCUGCGAACGCAUCGACUAGACCUAGCCCAACAUUAGCAAGCCAUGUGAUGUUUGAUUUGAAUGGUAAAAUUCCUUAUAUUCUAGAUGGUGGGGCCUGCUCUGUGGGCGUGGAGUCAACCGUCAUCGAUGGUCUUUGCAGUCCCCCUAUGUUGCUCCGCCCAGGUGGUGUGUCAGCCGAGGACAUAAAAAAGUAUGGAGGAGAAGAAUGGAAAAACCUUGUGAUUGCAAAGAAGAGUGCUGGAAAAUCUGAGUCUGUAAGAACCCCUGGGAUGAAGUACAAACAUUAUUCACCUACCGCAAAGGUUAUACUUUUUGUCAAUUGUGGGGAUGGCGCAGAAUCAGUCCGGCAUUUUUUGAAAAAGAAGGAAGGUAAAAUUGCUAUUCUCAAAUCAACCAGAUUUCUCCUGGCUCAAGAGAUGGGUGUUUCAAAUGUUAUCGAGCGUGAACUCGGUAACUCUGCUACAGAAAUCGCACACAGUUUAUUCAGGGAACUACGUGAUGUGGAUGAAUUGGGCGUGGACUACAUCUUGGUGGAAGGUGUAGAAGAAGUGGGAGAUGGUCUAGCGGUCAUGAAUAGACUUUCCAAAGCAGCUAGUGAUAUCAUUGAGGGGGACUACAAAUCAUGA